GUAGAUGUUUACGUUUACAAAAGUCUCUUUUGGAACCGGUGGUAUAAGAGCGGGACACAUGAAUUGACGGCCACGCUGGUGUCCAAGAGAGAGCAGAGGGGUUGUGGUUGUUCAUAAGAGAAAACUAAACGGCAGAACAUGUGGAAAAACGACGCAAACUGUAGCGUGCAGACGGGGAGCGAGUAUGAGCCCAUCGGAGAGGAAAGCAGACCGCUCUUAGCACAGGGUGCUCAGGCUAGAGGUGCAUCUUUCUGGUCUUCUGCCUUUAAUCUGAUGAAUGCCAUCAUGGGUAGUGGCAUCCUGGGUCUCUCUUAUGCUAUGGCCAAUACAGGCAUCAUUGGAUUCAGUAUUCUGUUGCUGGUGGUCUCCAGUUUAGCUGCUUAUUCUAUCCAUCUCCUGCUGCUCCUCUGUGACAAGACAGGCAUCAACUCUUAUGAAGCUCUUGGGGAGAGAGCGUUCAACAGACCUGGCAAGAUUCUCGUGGCCUGUACUAUUCUCAUUCAGAACAUUGGAGCCAUGUCCACCUACUUGUUUAUCUUGAAGUCUGAAAUGCCUGCUGCCAUCACCGGCUUCAUGAGCACAGAGAUUUCUGGAAAGUGGUUUGAGGAUGGCGUUACACUAUUGAUUUUAGUGACUCUAAUCGUAGUGUUGCCAUUGGCUCUACUUCCUAAGAUUGGGUUCCUGGGAUACACCAGCAGUCUCGCAUUCAUCUUCAUGCUGUUCUUUACUGUAGUGGUGGUGGUGAAAAAAUGGUCCAUUCCCUGCCCUCUGCCAGUUAACUCUACUGUGAGCCUGAGCUUAAAUACCUCUGAAUGCACCCCACAGAUGUUUGUGAUCUCUAGUAAGAGUGCUUAUGCCGUCCCAACAAUGGCUUUCUCCUUCCUGUGUCAUACGGCAGUUUUACCUAUUUACUGCGAGUUACACCGACCCACCAAGCAGAGAAUGCAGAGUGUGGCAAAUGUCAGCAUCUUUCUUAGUUUUGUGGUGUAUCUGAUCUCUGCCCUGUUUGGAUACCUCACCUUCUAUACACAUGUGGAAUCUGAGCUGUUGCUAGGAUAUGACACCUACCUACCGCGGGAUGUUGUGGUGAUGGUAGUGCGUCUUGCGAUUUUAUUGGCCGUUCUGUUCACUGUGCCGCUCAUCCACUUCCCAGCACGUAAAUCGCUGUUGAUGUUAUGCAGGGGAGAGAGGGAGUUCUCCUGGCUCUCUCAUUCGCUUUCCUGUUUUUUCGUCCUCACUCUUGUGCUGCUGCUCGCUAUUUUCAUCCCUGACAUUAGGAAUGUCUUUGGUGUGGUGGGUUCUACGACCUCCACAUGUUUGCUGUUUGUGUAUCCUGGAAUGUUUUUUUUGAGAAUCAGCUCCGAGCCAAUCAGAUCUCUCAAUUCAGCAGGGGCAGUGUUUCUGAUGGUGAUUGGUCUGGUUGUGGGUUUGCUGAGCCUAUGUGUCAUCAUUGUCUCCUGGGUUCAAGGUCCUUGACCUUUGACAUCAUUAUUGUGGGAUGUAUUGCAGAAGUUGUGAGCUCAACUCAUCCUCCCCUGAAGAGAAAGCUUAUUUUACAGGUGACACACCAGGCAGAGACUCUUUUCUGAACCAAAUUAAGGGAAUACCAAUGAGAUGAGCCUGUGGUCUUAUGACAAAUCUCAUGUCCUCAUAGCAAUAGCACUUUAUGACACUUGAAUACUGAACAGAGGCACAAUCAAAUUCAGAAUAUCCAGCAGGGCACUAAAAUGCAUAUUAUGUGUGAGUGACAGAAGAGUUUGACUAUCUUUGAACCAGAUGGUGGCUGUCAUCCAUAGAAAAACACUUGGGACCAAUGAAUGAAGGAACUACACUGCCGAUUUUACAGUAACUGAAUGUGGGAUAUUAGUUUUAUACAGAUGUUUAAUGAAUUGGAAAAGCUGCUUGUCUGACUCAAAAAAAAAAAAAAAAAAAAAAAAAAAAAACGUUUGAAAUUUCUGGACAGUUAUUCUCCAA